AUGAGAAUCAAGGACAUAACACGUACCUCCACGUUUGCGUGGAGUUCAGACGUGAUCCCCUUGUUGGCAACCGGCUCGGUCGCUGGGGCACUCGAUUUGAACUUCUCUGCGUCUUCUACGCUUGAGAUCUUUGAUGUUUUCAGCCAGAGCUACGAUCCAGUGUUUAGUGCAUCUUUGGAAAACAAGUUCCACGCUUUGGCCUGGUCCAAACCAUUCGGUAACUAUUCAAGAGGUUUGUUGGUGGGAGCUUUUGAAACUGGUAUCGUGGAGUUUUGGGAUGCAGAGAAACUUAUCAGAACGAAAUCGUUGGACGCUUCUUCUGUCCAUAAAUCCUCAAAACACACUGGUGCUGUGAAAUGCUUGUCAUUUAACCCUCAUCAGAACCAUUUGCUCGUUUCUGGUGGCCAAAGAGGUGAGAUUUUCAUCUGGGACGCCAAUACCUUUGCUGAGCCCUUCUCCCCUGGUAGAGCUAUGGUGCCAAUGGAUGAAAUUACCUCUGUUGCCUGGAACAACAGCGUCAGCCACAUCUUGGCCUCUACAUCGAACAGCGGCUUCACAAGUAUCUGGGACUUAAAGGCUAAAAGAGAAGUGUUACAUUUGCAGUACAAUGGACCUCUCGGAAAGGCAGAUUUCUCUCAGGUUGCAUGGCACCCAACACAGUCUACCAAGUUGAUCACUGCAAGUCAAAGUGAUUCUUGUCCUACGAUAAUGACUUGGGACUUGAGAAAUGCUAGCGAACCUGAGAAGGUACUCCAAGGCCAUGAAAAGGGUGUUUUAUCUUUGGAUUGGUGCAGUAAGGAUGCCGGCCUCUUGCUUUCUUCUGGAAAGGACAAUUCAACCAAGUUAUGGAAUCCAUUGACUGGCGAGAAACUUGGGGACUACCCUAGUGCCACGAACUGGACUUUCCUGGUACGCUUCGCUCCUAAUGCUCCUGACGUGAUUGCAUCUGCUUCUUUCGACGGCAAAAUUGUCGUUCAGACGUUACAAGACACCUCUCCUCCAGUGGCCCAGCAAGUCAAAGCUACCGAUGAAAAUGAGUUCUGGUCGAACAUAUCUACUGCUGACCACCUGCAGCCACUGUUUGCUUUGAAGCAGGCCCCUCAAUGGCUCAAAAGACCUGUUUCUGCAUCCUUCGGUUUUGGAUCCAAGCUUGUCACAGUCAGGACUGUUGACGGUAAACCUGUCAUCAACAUUAACAAGACAGCUGGUGCCAAAACGCUCGUUGCCGACAAGCUCACCCAGUCUCUUCAGAAUGAUGACUUCUCUGAGCUCAUUUCUGAAAAGCUCCAAUCCAACCCUGCCGAUAUUUCGGACUGGAAGAUAUUAGAUGCUUUGUCAAAGUUUGGAAAAGAGCAUUUCCUCAAGGACGUCGUUGGUGACUCUCAAGAAGCCAGCGAGCAAAAACCCGAUUCCCAGGAAUUAUCAGGUAGAAUUGACAACACGACCGAGGAUGAUUUCUUCACAAACUUAUCAAAUGACGUUAAUUCACAGGGCGUCAAGUCAUUUUCCUCCGAAGGAUUUGCUCCAAGUGGCCCAUUCAAGAUCUUAGAUGGCUCUCAUAACGAACAAGAUGCCCGUUUGACUAAGCUCAUUUUGAGCAACAAAAUUAGCGAUGCCGUCGACCAGUGCUUGGGACAAGGUAAGUUGUUAGAAGCUUUGGUCUUGUCCCUAGAUCAAAACGAUGCUGUUAAGAGCAAAGUCAAGUCCCAAUACUUCAAGGAAACUAACUCGGAUGUCUUAUCUCGUUUGAUCUACUCCGCAUCUUCGAAGAGCGUAGUCGACCUUGUCGCGAACGCCGAUAUUGCCAACUGGAAGGAGAUUGCAUCCAGUAUAUUCGCUUAUUGCACUGAUAAAACCGAGUUUAAUUCGAAGAUUGUUGAAUUGGGUGACCGUAUUCUUGCAUCGCAGGGGACAGCAGCUGAUCGUGAGAACGCUUUGGAGUGUUACUUAGCUGGUGAGGCGUUGGACAAGGUUUCUGCUCUCUGGUUGCAGGAGAUCCCAUCAGCUUCUGAGGGAGGUAACGCUGUUGAAGAAGGUGAAACUCCUUUGGAUGCUAAGUUCAAGUCUUUGAGCGGGUUUGUCGAGAAGCUUUCUGCCUACAGAUCUCUUUCAAAGAUUUCUAGUCGUCUCUCUGGCCCUGCCAUUGAACCAACAUGCAAUGCUGUAUUCGAAUUUUCAACCAUGGCUGCAAACAGCGGAAACUUUGAGUUGGCUCGUGAGUUCUUGUCGAUUCUUCCUGAAAAUUACGAUGGAUUAAACGCUGAGCAAGAACGUAUUAACAAGGCAACAGCUCAACCCGUCCAAAAGGUAGAGCAGGGUCGCAGAAGAGUGCCCCAAACUGCUGUUCAGAAUGGUAGAUUCGGUGCCAACACUCCUGCUAAACCAGCAUUCAAUCCAUUGGCCAAUAAUGCGGCACCAGCUUUUGGUGGUGGUGCACCAGUUCCACCUUAUGGUCGCCCUCCACCUGCUGCUGGAAUGGGCGGAGCACCUUCAUUCCCAGGUGCUCCUGCUGCCCCAGCGCCACCUGCUGCUCCAGCAGCUCGUGCAGCUCUGAACCCUUACAGCAGGGCCGCCCCCUCAGCUCAUGUUGCACCAGCUCCUACUGCCAUUGCCCCACCAUCCAAUGCUUAUGCUCCUCCAUCAGCACAGAGAAUGCCAUCCACUGGGGUGGUGCCUCCUCCAGCUGGCCCAACAAUUGGCAAUACUUCAGCACCUGCAGCACCUAGGUACACCCCAGUCCAACCAGGCGCAUCAGUUGUGAGUCCACCUGCUCCUGCCCAACCUGUUUCGAAUGUAAAGCAGGAGACUGAUGGCUGGAAUGACUUGCCAGAUACAUUCAAGUCCCAAAGAGCGGCUAGACGUGCUACCCCCGCUGCAGCUGCAGUUGUAUCACCAAAGGCUCCAACACCCCAAGUUGCUACAGCACCAUUGGCUCCUCCAGUUAGAAAGGGCCAACCUUCAGCUGCGCCAUCGAUGGCUCCACCUCCUCCUAGAACAGCAUCUAGACAGGCAUCGCAAUCUGGAGCUUCGAGCCCAAGGGUGACCCCGGCAUCUCGUCAAGCUUCUGUGAACAACAAGUACGCUCCACCACCAUCAUCGAUUCCUAUUCCGCCUCAGAAUGGUUUAUCUAACCCAGGAAGUAAGGUUGCAACUCCUCUGGCUCCACCUAAGAACCCUUAUGCCCCAAGCCAGAAUGACAAUCCUCCACCUGCAAAGAGCUCUUUCGUACCACCACCAGCAAACAACUUUGCGGCUCCUCCACAGGCCAACUAUCCACAGCCUUCACAUCCACCUAAUCCAUACGGACCACCGGCCUCUACAGCAGCACCUCCAGCUAGCAAUCCUUACGCUCCUCCGCAAGCAAGUCAGCCACCUUCAAAUCCUUAUGGCCCACCACCAACUACGAGGGGUCCAAGGGGUCAAUUCUCGACACCUGCUUCGGCCAGAGGUAGUAGGAAACCAUCUGUUGGAAGCAUCGCUCCUCCACCAUCGAGGGCACAUGCUGCCCCAGGAACGCCACCUGUAGGUCCACCUCCCGUGGGUCCACCUCCUAAGAAGGUCUCGAACCAAGCUCAGGCCCCUCCUUCAGCUACCGCUCAGGCUCCACAACCUUUCUCUCAGGGACCACCACCUACCCAGGCGCCACCCACUCAGGCUCCACCAACUCAGGCUCCUCCUACUCGUGCCCCACCAGCUCAGGCACCGCCAGCUCAAGCACCACCAGCUCAAGCGCCACCAGCCCAGGCACCACCUACAUCUGCACCCCAGGCUGCUGUCCAGCCUCCACCUGUUUCCAAUCAAGUGAAACAACCACCAGCUACACAGCCACCAGCCCAGUCAUUUGGCCAGGCACCUACGCAUGCCACUCAAAAUGGGACUACCGUUGGCCAAGCAGCCGUUGGUGACAAUGCUGGUGCAAUCAUAGCCACUUUCACUAAAUUCAAGGACCAGAUCAAACCUGCAGCACCAGUGAGAUAUGAAAAACAUGUGGUGGAUAUGGAGAAGAGACUCAACAUUUUGUAUGGUCAUUUGGAAAAGAGGGAUUUGCUUUCAGAGGAGACUGUUGGUGAAUUGAGACAAGUUGCAUCUGCCUUGGAGAGCAAGCAAUGGGGCAAAGCAUCCAGCAUUAACCAAGAAAUUCUGCUGAAACAUCCUAAUGAGAUCGGUACAUGGCAUGUUGGUGUGAAGCGUUUAAUCACCAUGGCUGAAGCUUUCAACAAUUGA